AUGACUGAGGUCGCGGAGCGCAGAUGCGAAGGCGUAGAAUGCGGUAAACCAGCGAAACUGCGGUGCCCGACUUGCAUCAAACUGGGUUUGAAGGAUUCAUUUUUCUGUGAUCAGGUGUGCUUCAAGGCGAAUUGGGCCACGCAUAAAAAUCAACAUACGGAUCCGGACGCACCAUAUAAUCCUUGGCCUAACUACAAGUUCACCGGCUCCUUAAGACCUGCCAGGGUCACACCAAGACGACCUGUCCCACAGUCUAUCCCACGUCCAGACUAUGCUUUACAUCCUCAAGGAGUUUCAUUUGAAGAACGUCAAGCGAAAAAGAACAGGGACAUCAAGGUCUUGAACGAUGAGGAAAAAGAGGGUCUUCGUGUGGCCUGUCGCCUGGGUAGAGAGGUCCUGAACGAGGCCGCCAAAGCAUGCGCACCAGGUGUCACCACCGAUGAAAUUGACCGAGUUGUGCACGAGGCUUGCAUUGAGAGAGAUUGUUAUCCUAGCCCACUGGGUUUAGUAGCAUUUCCCAAAGACGUUGGUGGCACACCUCGUGAAGUGAGGUUAUCUGCCAUGGUAUUCCAGAUCUGCGAGUUCUGGAGAACGGUGAUCUGUGUAAUGUUGACAUUACGGUAUACCAUCGCGGAUUUCAUGGGGAUUUGA